AUGAAAAUUGGAUAUUAUUUUAUCGUCAUUUUAUUGGCGUUCAUAUGCCUUUACAACUGGAUGGAUGAUUCCACAGGGGUGGGCAAGCUACGGCACGCGAAGCUAUUUUAUGCGACCCGCAAGACCUUGUUCGCCAAAACAAGGUGGUUGUCCUUCAAAAAUGAAACCAUGAAAAAGUGGAGGCUGGCACUGUACUACAGGCAUGUUGUUUAUAAGAAAAAGAACAACUUUGUAAAUGCACUGACGAAGGAAAAGGGUAGCCUAUCUUGCGAUAAAACUUUCCAUAAUUCAGUGCUCAAGUACCUGAAGGUCAAACUGGACGACAUAAAACUUCUGAUCGAAGAGGACCCGUUGAAAAAUCGAGAGUUGCCGAAAAUAAAAAGGCGGGAGGUUGCUUACGAUGCUGCUAUCAUCUUCACAGGCUCUUCAACGCCAUCUUCCAUGUGUGACAAGGGCCAGAAGCAUGCCUUGGUUCGAGACGUUGGGCUUGGCACCACCUCCAUUCUCGUGGCUGUGGAAAUCGCAAACAUGUUAACAAGUAAGAACUCCGGUAAAUCUUCCUGUAACAAUGGCAAACGUUUGAAAUUGUCUGAAAUCAACGGUAUGUCAAAGAAGGAGUUGGAUAAAUUUAGGGAUGAUUUUUUCACCAAAAGUUUCGAUUGCACGAGAGACGUGUUUGAACCAGAAGGCAGAAAAUUUAAAUUCACCAACAAGACAAAUUUCCAUGAGAAGUAUUUUGGGAGAAUAUUCAACAAAACCGAACAGUGCUGGUACCUCGCUGGUCCCACUUCGCAUCCCUGUGGAAAGGGCACAUGUGAGGCCUUGUACUGCCAUAUAGGGAAAGAUUGCAGGACCCUAACACCUCCCUUAGACGGAACGAGCUGUGACCGAACCUUUCAGAAGGCCUGUCUCGAUGGUCAGUGUGUAAAGUUCAAUCCUAAAAUUGUGUUCAAGGGAAUGCCAUAUACGGAAUGUACUAGAGACUACAAAAAACUUGAAGUAGGAUGA